AUGAAGAUGUUCUCCCCUAAUACCGGAAACAAAAUGGCCGGUGGUGGUUACAUUACGUUGAACAUCAUUCGAGUACUCAACAUCAUCUCUCUCCUGCUGGUUGCCGUCGCUAGUUGGGUCAUGCUUGUCAUGACAGUCAAGACCUCUAACUUUUUCUUCUUCGACGGAGUAUCACAUCUCAUCACAAGCGUCGUUGCACUCUUUCUCGUCGUCUCCGAGCUUAACGUCUGGACGAACUACUUUGCAAAGAACUGGCCAAAUCUGGGCCCUGACUCUGGCUUUGUCUGUCUCGGAGUCGCAAUGAUCGUCCUCGGUUUCAACAUCUUGGGGAAUCUUAACAAAGGAGCAACCAGCGUCGAAAACCUCGGCUUGCCCCUUUGGCGCGUAGUCAUCGCGUCCGGUAUUCUCUCAUCCCUGAUCGGCUUCUUCAACAUCAUUGCCACCUACAUCUUCUCGAGCUCAAAGCUGAACAUCACCGGCCGUCAAGUCCGUGGCAAUGGCGCAACCACCUUCCCGAAAAAUGCCAAGGAUAACUUCAGCAUGUCUAGUGGCUCAACACGCAAGUCUGAGAGCACUACCCUACCAAGGUACCAACCACCUCCGAGCCCACCUCAAGAGGAACGACGAAAGUCCCGCUUCGGCUUCCAUCUUCCCAUCCGCAUGUCCAUGAUCGGGAAGCCCCAGCACGAACCUCAGGGCAGCGAACCGUUCUCGAAAUGGGAUGACCGAAGCUCGCCCGUCGUGCCAGAGGUUCAACGUCCACCUACUGCCUUGCACCCAAUGCACGCUGCAGGGCCAGCAUGCCCACCACCGUCAUCACGGUACAGCGUGGUCAGCAAUAUGACGAGAUUUUAA